GCCUCCCCCUCCAGUAUCACAGGGCAGAUCACCGCCCCCCCGCCUGCUGUGUGACAGGACGCUCCUUACCGGGUCUCCACACCAUGAAGGGCUAAUCCAAACGGAAAGACAACACGAAGGGAGCUCGGUGCUGCAUCUGCACUCGGAGGCUGCCUGCCCGCAGACGCAAGUGCUGAUGCGGGAACUGCUGGAUGCAUCCCAGAGGUGGAAGCUGCAGUAGGUGCAAAUCUGGCUUUGCUAGAAGAGGUGAGAAACCAAAAAAAACAUCAAAAAGGCCACUGGAAUAUAGAAGACAGCGGCCACAGGUUCUUGUGCUGUACCAAGUAAGAUUACCAUGGUAACCAGAAAAUACAAUUAAAAAGGCAAGAGAGGCAGAGUCAGAUGAGUAGGUUACUCCUUACCUUUGGACAGAAGGAGGUGAAACGAUUAUGCAGAGGAGAAAAUGAUAUAUGAUGGAUACGGUGGCACAGUGGAGAAGGGAAGCGUCCUUUCAUUAAGAAAGGAAUGUGUCACUGCUACCUCCAGGAAAGGGGAGUGCCAUGACAUCUGCUGAGGAGACCAUCUGUCUGCAGUUACAUUGGUUCUCAUUUUCAGAUCCCUGCUGGGACUUAGUCUUUUGAGUGGUCCUAAUUGGACCAUCAGGUAUUGGCUGGUACUUAUUCUCUUGCCAGAAACAAAUAUUGAGAGACAGAAAAUUCUGGUCAAAGUAAGAGAUUUAGGUGGGAGACACGUAAACAGACAGAAAAAGAGUUAGAGAGAACGGGGCAAUCUCCAUCUCUCUGGCAACCUCCUACCAUGGGAUGUCGGCAAAGUGCGGAGGAGAAAGAGGCAGCACGGCGCUCACGCAGGAUAGACCGCCACCUGCGCUCUGAGAGCCAGCGCCAACGACGAGAGAUUAAACUUCUGCUUUUGGGAACCAGCAAUUCUGGCAAGAGCACUAUUGUCAAGCAGAUGAAAAUCAUACACAGCGGGGGCUUCAAUCUGGAAGCCUGCAAGGAAUAUAAACCCCUCAUAAUUUACAAUGCUAUUGACUCGCUAACUCGAAUCAUCAGAGCACUUGCCACCCUCAAAAUUGAGUUCCACAAUCCUGACCGAGCAUAUGAUGCUGUACAGCUCUUUGCUUUGACUGGUCCAGCUGAAAGUAAAGGUGAAAUCACAUCUGAACUACUAGGGGUGAUGAAGCGGCUGUGGGCAGACUCAGGUGUGCAGGAGUGCUUUAGUCGCUCCAAUGAGUACCACUUGGAAGACAAUGCUGCUUAUUAUCUUAAUGAUCUUGACAGAAUAGCAGCCAUUGAGUACAUCCCCACAGUAGAGGACAUCUUGCGUUCUCGUGAUAUGACCACAGGAAUCGUGGAGAACAAGUUCACUUUCAAAGAGCUCACAUUCAAAAUGGUGGAUGUUGGAGGCCAGAGAUCUGAACGCAAGAAGUGGAUCCAUUGCUUUGAAGGUGUUACAGCCAUAAUAUUCUGUGUGGAACUCAGUGGAUAUGACUUGAAGCUUUAUGAGGACAACCAGACGAGCCGCAUGGCAGAAAGUCUCCGCCUGUUUGAUUCCAUCUGCAACAACAACUGGUUCAUCAACACUUCGCUUAUCCUAUUCCUCAACAAGAAGGACCUCCUAGCUGAGAAGAUCCGACGCAUUCCUCUCACUGUCUGUUUCCCUGACUAUAAGGGACAAAACACGUAUGAGGAGGCAGCUGUCUACAUCCAGCGUCAGUUUGAGGACUUGAACCGCAACAAGGAGACCAAGGAGAUUUAUUCACACUUCACCUGCGCUACGGACACCAGCAACAUUCAAUUUGUGUUUGAUGCAGUGACAGAUGUCAUUAUCCAGAACAAUCUUAAAUAUAUUGGUCUGUGCUAAGGUCCUUCAGGAGCCUUUUCAGAGAACGGGAUGUGUUUCUAAACCCAAGACCACAUGCCAAGGGGUUCAAGCAAACACAAAGUCAUGGGGAUGCACGCAAAAGCCCCCCACAUAAGCACCGAGAGCCCUGAAAGGAUCACUCACCUCGUCACCUGCACAAACUGUCAAUUUUAACAGGAAAAUAAGUUGUGUUUUAUUUCUGCAGGUUGAUAAGGUACCUAUGACAUUACUGGCCUCUAACAAAGAAGAAGGUGUAUGUACUCCCUGCAUCAUGUGCGUGGAUGUGCGUGUGUUUGUGUCUGACUGGUGUCUGUAUGGUUUAACUUAGGGAGAUUUUCUUUUAAUUCAAUGUAAGGUUUGUUUUCUGAUCAUACAGUAUGAUCUAAGCCAGACAAGGAACUGACUCUUAGAGGGGAUUUUAACACCUCUUUACUAGCAUCGAACAAACUAGAAUGAAAACACAACAUAUGUAUUGGUCCAAAAAUACCUGGCAUCUCCUUUGUGUGCCAUAUCUAGAGAUCACAGGGUUCAACCGUUUAUAGUAACAUUACAACUAUUGUCCAUUGCAACUCUAGCAGUUCUUCAACAAAACAGGAAUAAUCGGAGGACAGAGUGGGUCAUAAAUGAUUUGGUCUGGUGUCGGGGAGUGUGGCACAGGAAUAAUCAGAAGACAAGUUGGGCCGUAAAUGAUUUGGUUUGGUGUCUGGGGGUGUGACACUUUCACAAUAAAAGGAUACACACCUACAGCAGUGGUCGGUAUAAACACUAUGGCUCUGCAUCCUAGUCUCGGAAAGCUGAAUCCUAGUUGUUGGCCUCAAGCCCCUUUCAGAAAAUUGUGUGGGCAAAAAAAACAUUCCCAAUGUUACAACAUAUAGUACAGUGCUUUGUGCCUUGAAAGAGCAGAGCCAUCUCAGUUUACCCAGUUUCCAAAGAGGUUCUGCAACAUUUGAGAUACUUUUUGUUCAUUUUUUAGGUGGCAUGGAGCUAUUAUGUCUCCAUUCCAUAUCCACAUCUGACUGCUGAAAUACACGUGUCUACAGAUAUUCCAUAACAGAAAAUACUAUUUCUCAGACUAAAAAGAAUAUUAUGAUAACAAAAAAUAUCUUGGGGAUCAACAUGGCGUCCGUUCUUCAAACUUUAGACCUGUUUUGCAGCUGCUAACUGAUGCAUCAGAACAACAGUAUCUAACAAACUGUAUUCACUCUGUUCAAGAGACACUUCAUUUCCCAAAAGAUGUUUAAUCAUAACUAAAUCCACACAUUAUCUAUAUCCCACAAGCCUCUCUUGUGCCAUAUUUGCUUUUUAACAAGAUAUGGGGCCUUCUUGUUAUGGCUUCGUCAUUACAAAUGAAUUGGUGUAAACCAUGCAUGCCAGGUGCAGAGAAAGGUCCAAAAGCAUUAUUCUUUACACACACAGUAUGGUUAUUUCCAUGAAUGCCUUUGGUUUUGUUUUUCGCACAAAGAAACAGCAGGAGAAUUUUAGGACAUUUUAAGAAGGGUUUGACUAUUCUUAUCAGUAAAGAAAAAAAAAUAUACAAAAACACUGGAAAAAAUAGAACACUGGUUAUUUAUUUUGCAAAAAAAAAGAAACAGAGGGGAAAAAAGCUCCUAAUUAUUUACACAGAGAGACAAAAGACGUUCUGAUUUAAGAAUUUUCUGGAGGUCAGUCACACCUCUCAUCUUUUUCAUAUAGACAGGAGCAGAGUGGUACUAAAAUGUCAGUGAAGCAAUAUGAACAAUACCAUCACAUUUUGCAUUUUAAAUUGCUGAAAAGUAAGUUUUGGGGUGCAGGGCACUGAAAGUAUUGUACUGUCUGCUAAUUAUUUUAAUGCAAGCUCUGUAAGGAAGCAGGUGGUGCCUAAUUUCUACUCUUUUCUUGAUGAAUACCCUGGAUGUCUGUGUGAAGUCUGUGUGUAAAUAAGUUGAGACCGUGUAAAGCACAUCCACUUAGUAAGCAAACGCUGCCCUUUCCAGCUUCAUGUGUAAUCCCACAGUGCCCUCCCGAAAACACAACGCCCAUAAGACUAAUGUACGACUCCAAGGGCUUAAUUCCUCAGGGCUCAAGAAGACUGCAGUCCUCUGUGUUCCUGUUACAUGGCGGUGGCCACAGUGGCUUGCAGGCAAAUCCAGCCCUGAAGAUUGAUGACACUACACUUUCAGAAUAAAAUUCUACUGGCAAAAAGGGAAAUAAAGAUUCUGAAUGGU